ACAAAGAGGAGAUUUUCUCGGUAAUGAAGCGGAGAACCUGGUUACAAAAACGUGACGCAAUGGGACUGGAUUAUCCAAAUCUGCCUUACUUCAUAGAUGGCGACAAACGAAUCACUCAAUCAGGAGCGAUCAUGUUCUAUUUGGCGAGGAAACAUGGUUUAUUAGGAGCAACGCUAGAGGAGAAGACUAGAGCGACAAUGGCGUAUUUUGAAUUGUGCGAUUUCCGAUUUGCCUUCUACUUCGCGACAUACGGCCUUUGGUACGAAUGGGUUCCCGAGAGCGCGAGACUGCUUGGCUGGACAGAAGUGAAGAAGUAUGAUUGGUACAGCAAACAUCUCCCUAGCUUCCUGAGACGAUCAUCGGACUUCUUGGGGGACCGGAACUUUAUGGCCGGUGAAGAGGUGACUUUCGUCGAUUUCCUAGCUUACGAACUGCUAGAUGUGAUUCAAUACACGGAUCCGGCUUGUCUCGCGAAUGCGACGCCGAAUCUCUGGAAGUACUACCAUCGCAUGGAAUCAAUGAAUGCAGUACAAAAUCAUCGACAUUCUCACCGACACAUCAGUUGGCCAGUGAAUUGCAACCAUGCAUCUUUCGGAUACAAAGCUGAAGACAAACACGUACGAGAUUCAGUUGACCUUCCAGAUCCUUCAUAAAAAUACAGCGUACAUGUAUUUCAAGUCCCUCAUCCGACAACCUGGAAUGCACCGAGAACAAUCCAGU